UCCAUCUCGUCCAACGCCAACGAGCAUUACCCGCGUCAAAUGUCUAGGAUGGGAAAGGGGGGCAUCUGUCCCGUGUCGUGCUUGAACAAGGAUGCCAGAGAGAAGCCAAACAGUGCGCUCGUGCAUUUGGUCCUCUUCUCGGUACAGGUGUGCUUCUCCGGGUGGCAUGUGCUGGCGAAGGUUGCCCUGAACGACGGAGUCAACGCCGUGGCCCUCGCCAUGGCAAGAGAGAUCUGCGCCACCAUCCUCAUGUUCAUCAUCGCGCGAAGAGUCGACGGUGCCGUGUCUCUAGACCCGGCGCAUGCGAUUCGGUUCUUUUGGAUGGGGCUUGCCAGCUGCGGGAACGUGGUCGGCUGCAUACUCGCCCUCAGGAGCCUUAACCCGAUGGCUUUCGGGGUGAUGCAGCCUUCCAUCCCAGUCCUUGCCAUGCUGUUGUCAUACAUGCUGGGCCUGGAGCAGAUGUCUCAGCUCAAGUGUCUGGGAGUUUUCAUCUCGGUGGCGGGGGCGGUGUGGGUGGAGCUGUUCGCGUCUACCUCUGAUUGGGCGGUAGCUGAGUCGACGGAGGCGAUAGCGGCAGCGGCGGAGGCAGCGGAGGGGGUAGGGGCCCCGUCAGGAGAUGGGGUUGGCAGCGGUGCCGACGGGGGGGGAUCGGGGUGGCUGGGGAGCCUCAUCUUGCUUUGGCAGUGCGGGUCGAUGGCGGCCCUGAUGGUACUCCAGAAGCCGAUGCUGGCGGUCUACCCCCCCGCCACCCUGACGGCGUGGUACUACGCGGUCGGGUCGGCGCUAACGCUGGUGGUGUGCGGCUUCUUCGGUGUGCGGCCGGUGGACUUUUUGCUAACGGGGCAGUGGGAGCCGUGGAUAGCUCUCGUGUACGCGGUGGUGGUUGGGACAGUCUACACCUACAACGCCUAUUCGUGGGUGCUAAACAUCGUAUCGACGACGACGGCUACGACCUACCUGACCCUGCAGCCGGUGACCACCGUUAUCCUGUCCGUGGUGUUCCUGAACACGGCGGUAAGGGGGCACGAAGUUUGCGGGGGAAUCGUGAUCGCGGUCGGUCUCUUGGUGACUAUCUACGCCAAGGGGCUGGAGCGGCGAGGGAGCAACAACCUUCUCAGGGCCAAGCAGAACAGGGAGCUCUCGCGCGUAUUCAAGACCCCUCGACGGCACCGCUUCCGGAGGUCGGUCGCAAACGGCGGCGGCGGCGCGGGCACGAGCGGCGACCUUUCCAACUCGGACACAGAUGGCGCCGGCAUGGGCUUCGACGAUAGCGACCAGGACCCCCUGUUGGGGAGCAUUAGUGCAGUGGGGGCAGGGGCAGCGGGGGGGAGGGGACGAGGGGGAAGCUACGACCCCCGGGAGGCCGCUCGGCCGGACGGAAGCUUGCGCCGCUUUCUAGCCCUCGUUUGAGAGGAGAGAGAGGAACAGAUGCAUAUCCCGAAAAUCGUGCGUGCCGGCCCUGCGGGAAAAUGUAUUUUUUUGCACUGGGGAGCACGCGUGUAUUUUAUUUUUUUUGUUUGUUUGGAUGCCUGUGCGCGCCCUGUGGUUUGCGGAAUCGCAAGAAGUUCCUGUUUCGGAAUCUCGAAUGACUGCUGUGGAGCUGCUGCGGUUGACGACGUGUACCUUUUCUGCGUUGGAACCCUUCUGCUUGCUGUUUGUGUGGAUAGGAUCAAAAGGGAAUAUUGUGGCGGUGGUUAGUGGGGAUUGUGCUGGAUCUGCGCUGUCUCCGCUCUGUCACUUGAAUUGGUUUGUUGGCGCUUUGUCGUGAGAGCGCACUUCCACUGUUUGUCUGGGAGUUGGCGGUUUUUUCCGCAACGCGUCUUAUCGCGUACAGUCACUGUCGCUGUUGUUCAACAGUAGGUUUUCGAGGAGGGCUUUCGUGAAAGGUGGUGCUUGAAAAUCCUCCCCCCGGGCGAGUGGUCGGUCGCUGCCCGCAUUUUCACGAAGAAAAAUUGUAAUUUGCCGAUAAGCGGAUAUUGUGAUACGUUCAUGGCUUCUGCGAGGACGAACGUUUCGUCCGGGGUAGACUCUCCUCAAGGAAACGACCAAGGCAUGGAGGUUGUGUUUGACGUCAUGCGGCCAAGCACGGAUUGCGACGAUAGGUUUCGGUGCGGUUGCGCGCGGCGGGAGACUUAUCCUUUAGAGACAAAAACAUGUCUCCUAAUAGCGCCUUGGGUUGUAGGGUGAUUGCAUUUUGUUUAGUUUUUGAGUUAUGGCGUUCUUGCUUCAAAUUUGCACGCGCAGUUUAAUUUGUAGCAAAUGUCGUGGUUUCUCGAGGCAGGCUGGUAUGUUUGAAGUGCUUCGGCGUUCAUCUGUAUCUAAAUAUGUUCCACGUCUGGUGCUCGAUACCCGCGAGGCACGGUCACCAUCAUGUGCAGUGGAGACCACCCGGCUUCGGCGCAAGCAAGGUCACAUAUCGACAGUCCGUAUUGUAGCGACCCAGCGUGGUUCGUCUGGCGGUCUGCACUUUGG